AUGGAGACAGAUUCCAGCUCGGCGACGCCGGAGCUACCUCUUCCCUCCCAAUCCGUGCUGUUCGAUGAGCAGUCCGUGCCUCCCAAGCUGCACCUGCUCAUCGUCGCCACAGGGCCCCGCGAUACCUCUUGGGCGCACGCGCUUAUUGUGCGCUUGUCAAAGAGCCCCAACAUCGAAAUGCGCGCCGUUGUUGAUGAUGUUGUGCCUCGAAUGACACAGACCAUCAUCGCCAUGCAAAACAUGAGCUUUGCGGUCGGUGCCCCAGACCGGCCUGAAGAUGUCGAGUUUUACCGGGAGCAGGCAUUUGACCUGGUAGAAUGGGCCCAUCUUCUCAUAUGCUUGCCCCUCGACGCUGACGGCAUUGCCAAGAUGCUUGCGGGAAUCUCGGAUACUCUGAUCGGCGAGGUGCUGCGAGGCUGGAGCUCGCAAAAGAGCAUCGUGUUGGUGCCAGGCAUGAGCAAGCCAAUGUGGUCCAAUAACACCACCAGAGAGCACCUGGACAAGCUGCGUAAUUCGGAUAAAUGGAUACAAGUUCUUGAACCGAUUCUGUGGCAUUAUGAAAAAAGGCCCAAUGCGAAACGCGUGCCUAGCUGGAACUCUUUUCAUCAGGUGUUGCGAAUCAUCCAAAAUCGGGCCAAUCUACUGGGCCUGGGCCGUGAUUCUGGGGUCAUCACACCAAACAUCUCGUUGCGCUUCAAAGAAGGAGUCCAACUCCCGCAGCUGCCAUCUGAAGUCUGGACCCUGAUUCUCGAACAUGCCAACGACUGGGAGCUGGCGCAGGCGCUGGGUAUCUACACGUCACUGCCGCGGCCUCGGGCCUGGGUGCUGUCCCCCAAGGAUGAGCUAGAUCACGUCAGAGUAUACGAGCACAAGUUGGAGAAGACUGCUCUGACCGGUACCAGCUCAGAAGUAUGCAAAAUGUUGUCCGAAGCACCGGGCGAAUACAACAACCUGUCCGCGCUCUUCAUCAAGGUACUGCUGCGGUUCGGACAUAUAGAAACGCUUGAGUAUAUUGAGUCCAACAGACCCGAGAUGUUCAUAGCCCUUGACGGAACCACGAUUCCUACGAAAGUAUCGUCAUUCUUCCCGUGCACCAAGAUGCUCCAGUACUGGAAACACAGCCAAUGGUUUACUGAUAGGCACAUGUACGACGCUGAAGCAGUCGACGGAGCCUCUAGAUACGGCCAUGUGGAAAUACUGGAUUGGUGGUGGCGGCAGUCUGGGAUGCCCCUGCGAUACACCGAAACAUCACUGGAGCAAGCCAGCGCCAACGGACACAUUGCCGUUCUCCAAUGGUGGCAGGAUGCGGCCUUGCAAGACGACGCUGUCGUCCUGCGCCCUGGACGUGCUCUGCUAUGGGCUGCCCAGCUUGGACGGGCGGACGUGCUGCAGUGGUGGCACUCAUCGAAGAUAGCCGCCUCCAAUGCAGACAAUGUGAUCAACACGGCCUGUCAAAACGGGCAUGUCGAUGUGCUCGAGGUCUGGCGCACCGCAAAGGGCGACGGUGGGAUAUACGUGGACGAGGUAGAUGUCAUGACGGCAACGGCGUACGGUCACGCGCCGGUGCUGGAGUGGUUGCGCGGCUUUUCUCGCGGGCUCCUGCCCGGCAUGAGCGGCUGCGGCCUGCCCAUUGAGUUCCAAGUCUGUGAUAUUCAAGCUUGUCUGCAGCGUAAUUCGAGAGAGCAGAGAAGAGUGCGAGAGUGGUGGGCCAAGAACGGCAUACGACCUGCCGCGACGGCCAACGAACGAUCGAGAGACAUUGUGCGGCUGUAA